AUGGAGGCAUCCUGCCUGGAACUGGCCCUGGAAGGAGAACGCUUGUGCAAGGCUGGGGACUUCAAAGCGGGAGCAGCCUUCUUCGAAGCAGCGGUGCAGGUGGGGACAGAGGACUUGAAGACUCUCAGUGCCAUCUACAGUCAGCUGGGCAAUGCCUAUUUCUACCUAAAGGAGUACUCCAAGGCCCUGGAGUACCAUAAGCAUGACCUUACCCUGGCCAGAACUAUUGGGGACCGCAUUGGAGAAGCCAAGGCAAGUGGCAACCUCGGGAAUACAUUGAAAAUACUUGGGCAGUUUGAUGAAGCUGUUGUUUGUUGCCAGAGACACUUGGACAUUUCUCAGGAGCAGGGAGACAAGGUAGGUGAAGCCAGAGCACUCUAUAAUAUAGGAAAUGUUUACCAUGCAAAGGGAAAGCACUUAUCUUGGAACAUGGCCCAAGACCCAGGCUACCUGUCGCAAGAAGUCAAGGAGACGCUACAGAAAGCUUCAGAAUAUUAUGAGAGGAACCUGUCCCUGGUGAAGGAGCUGGGGGACAGAGCUGCACAGGGCCGUGCUUAUGGCAACCUUGGCAACACCCAGUACUUGCUAGGCAACUUCAGUGAAGCAAUAGCCUUCCACAAGGAGCGCCUUGCUAUUGCGAAGGAGUUUGGGGACAAGGCAGCCGAGCGGAGAGCGUACAGCAACCUGGGCAAUGCACACAUCUUCCUUGGGAGGUUUGACAUCUCUGCUGAGUACUACAAGAAAACACUCCAGCUCUCCAGACAACUCAAAGACCAAGCAGUAGAAGCCCAGGCUUGCUACAGUCUUGGAAACACGUACACACUGCUUCAAGACUAUGAAAGAGCAAUCGAGUACCACCUAAAACAUCUGGUGAUAGCACAGGAGCUGGGAGACAGGGUGGGAGAAGGAAGAGCCUGCUGGAGUCUCGGAAAUGCCUAUGUCUCCCUGGGGAGCCAUGAACAAGCUUUGCACUUUGCAAGGAAACAUCUUGAAAUCUCCCAAGAGAUCGGGGACCGGAACGGUGAGCUGACAGCGCAGGUGAACAUGGCCCAGCUCAAGUCAGCCCUUGGCUUGGGCCCCGGGGAUGAGGACGUGGGUACAGCUCAUCACUAUUCUGGCUAUGAAGCACAAGGAGCCAGGCCAAAGAGACUCCAAAGGAACAGCAUGGACAGCUUAGACCUCCUGAAGUUCCCUUCUGAAAAGGACCAGAAUGGGGACAGCCAUCACGUGGGAGACCUGAAGAUCCCUGGAAAAGAGUUCUUGUCAUUACCUGCAAGGUCAAAGAAAUACCGGGAGCACCAGUCCAGUUCAGAGAGGAAGUCCCAGGGGUCAAGUACAUCGCCGCUGGAUACCAGCGAAGUCCGAGUCCAGGUGUCACAGUCGAAAAUCAACCGGACCCCUUCAGAUGACGAAUGCUUCUUUGACCUGCUGAGCAAGUUCCAGAGCAACCGGAUGGAUGAUCAGCGCUGCCCGUUGGAGGAAUGCCCAUCCGAGGCUGCAGAGGCAGGUGCCACACCGGUGCCAUUACUGAGAGAGCCUUGUCAGAGCCGGGGGGCCCAGUCCUCCUUAAUGGCGUCUCCGCAGACAGAGGAAUUCUUCGAUCUCAUCGCCAGCUCCCAGAGCAGACGGCUGGAUGACCAGCGCGCCAACGUGGGCAACCUGCCAGGCCUCCGGAUAACACACAACAACCUGGGGCACCUGCGUGUGGAGGGGGACGCCCAGGAGCCCGGGGAUGAGUUCUUCAACAUGCUCAUGAAGUGUCAGUCCUCCAGGAUAGAUGACCAGCGCUGUGCGCCGCCAGACUCCAUCCCCCGUGGCCCCACCAUGCCGGAUGAAGACUUCUUCAGCCUCAUCCAGCGCGUCCAGGCCAAACGCAUGGACGAGCAGCGGGUGGAUCUGGCCUCAGCCCAGGAGGAGGCAGGAGAGGAGCAGCAGAGGCCUGGUUCCAGCUAAGAACUGGGGUUUGGGUUGGGGG